GUCCCUUGGGAACGCUUGUGUUUCUUUCAGAAACUGUACCGGCUUGCAAUGGAGGAAGAGAAGAAAAAGGGCUAUGACCUCCGGGCAGAUGCCAUUCCUAUCAAGUCUGCUAAAGCUUCCAGGGAUAUUGCCAGUGAUUACAAGUACAAGGAAGGAUAUCGCAAGCAGCGUGGCCACCACAUUGGAGCGCGAAACAUAGAAGAUGAUCCCAAGAUGAUGUGGUCGAUGCAUGUAGCGAAGAUCCAGAGUGACAGGGAGUACAAGAAAGCCUUUGAGAAGACAAAGACGCACUUCAGCAGCCCCGUGGACAUGCUGGGUGUGGUGUUGGCCAAGAAGUGUCAGGAGCUGGUCAGUGACAUCGAUUACAAGCAUCCUCUGCAUCGGUGGACGUGUCUGCCGGACCAGAACGAUGUUGUGCAAGCCAGGAGAGUGUACGACCUUCAGAGCGAUAACGUGUACAAGUCCGACCUUCUGUGGCUGAGAGGCAUUGGCUGGUCCCCAAGUGGCUCGCUGGAUGAUGAGAAGAACAAGAGGGCGAGCCUGAUCCUGAGUGACAAGAAGUAUCGUCAGCACCCGGACACCAUCAAGUUCACGAGCAUUCCUGACUCUAUGCCUAUGGUUCUGGCAAAGCACAACUCUGAAAUUAUGAACCAACGUGCGUAUACAUCAGCGUGGGAGAAAGACAAAACCAGCAUUCACAUUAUGCCAGAUACGCCUGGUAUUUUGCUGGCCCAGCAGAACCAGCAGAACCUCAGUGAGAAACUGUACCGGCUUGCAAUGGAGGAAGAGAAGAAAAAGGGCUAUGACCUCCGGGCAGAUGCCAUUCCUAUCAAGUCUGCUAAAGCUUCCAGGGAUAUUGCCAGUGAUGUAAGUACGCAGGAGGCCUUGGUGGCACAGCCUCUAGGACA